AUGCAAUACAUUCAAUAUCAUCCUCAAAUUAUAGAGGAAUUUAAAAUGAUUGACACCAAGAGUUUAUUCUAAACUAUGGAAAGUUCAAUAAUAUAAAAGUUUGAAGAUAAGGAAUCAUUCAAAGAAGUAUACUAUUAUUAUACAAUCAUAAAAAAAAAGGAUUAGUCUAAUAGCAAAUUCAAUUUGGAUUAAAUUCUCUUUUAAAUGAUAAUAAAUAUAUUCUAUUGUGCAAGUGCUUUUAUGAAAUGCGAUAUACUAAGCUGA